CGCCGCCCGCCCCAGUACCCUCGCCGAGCGCGACGCGACACCACGUGCGAUCGCAGCGCUGCCGGUUCAACGCGCCCUGUAAACACUGCAACGCCAGUUGCUGUUGCACUCCUUACUUCAAAACCGGUUCCGACUUUGUGUUUCCAGUGACAGACGUCGAUUGUGGUUUCCGUGAUCAGUGCCCGUUGUGACUACUUUCGUUAUGCCCGAAAUGGAAUGAGUGAAUUUUAUAAGUGGUUUUAAUUUUUUGUGACCCACAUGCGAUGAGUGCAUAUGCAUCAACUGAAAUUGGAUUACCUAAAAUUGUGAAUUGAUCACGUGGGCAGUGGAAGAUGGCGUGCAUAGAAAGGAGGCGAAUCUAAGCCACAAUGGCGGUAGCCCGCGCCGUCCUCGUCCUCCUGGCAUCGACGGCCCAAGCAUGGAUGCCAGACUCCAACGCACGUAUCCACGUCAAAUAUGGCGAUGAAACUUCAGAACAGUUUGUGGGCAACGCGACGGCGCCGCACCACUUCCGCAUUUUAGACAAGGAUAACCUAUCUAUUAUAGUAGGAGGCAGGAACACUGUUUACAAUCUCAGCCUCUACGACUUGUCAGAAAACGUUGAUCAGAGGUUAGAAUGGCAGUCAACGGAUGCGCAUCGAGAGCUGUGCCAACUGAAGGGCAAAUCAGCUGAUGAAUGCCAGAACUUCCCUCGAGUGGCCGCUCGGGCACACGGCCGUCUGCUCGUGUGCGGAACCAACGCCUUCAAACCCCUGUGUCGGCGGUAUGCAAGUCACUCGACGACCCAUCACCUAGAAGAGUUCGAUGGGUCAGGACGCUGUCCUUACGACCCUCAACACAAUUCCACAGCAAUAUAUGCUGAUGGUCAAUUGUACACAGCAACAGCUGCUGACUUUUCCGGAACCGAUCCCCUAAUAUACCGAGAACCAGUUCGAACAGAACGAUCAGACCUUCGUCUACUUAACGACCCAUCAUUUGUUGGGGCGAUUGCAACAACCAGCCACGUAUACUUCUUUUACCGCGAGACAGCAGUAGAAUACAUGAAUUGUGGAAAAGCCGUGUACUCCAGGGUAGCGAGAAUUUGUCUAAAUGACAAGGGAGGACCCCAUACUUUCAGCGACAGAUGGACAUCAUUUUUAAAGACACGGCUUAACUGUUCCAUGCCUGGAGAGUAUCCGUUCUACUUUGAUGAAAUUCAAGCAACAACUGAACUCAUUAGCGGCAUUUAUGGUGGCGGCGGUAAUAGAAACGACAUAGUAUAUGCUGUUUUUACAACACCCCAAAACGCAAUAGGCGGCUCAGCCGUGUGCGCUUUUGCAAUGAGAGAUAUCAUCGACGCUUUCGAAGGCCCAUUCAAAGGGCAAGAAAGUAUGAACUCCAAUUGGUUGCCAUUAGAAAAAGAAAAGGUCCCAUCACCGAGACCAGGCUCAUGCGUUGAAGACAGUCGAACGCUAUCAGACUCUGCUGUUAACUUCAUAAAGACUCACCCAUUAAUGAACAAAGCCGUACCCUCAUUUUUAGCACGCCCACUUCUCAUAAGAGUCAGUUUACAAUAUAGAUUCUCAGCAAUAGCCGUUCAUCCGCAAGUUCAAGCGAUGAAUGGCAAUAAAUAUGAUGUGAUAUAUGUCGGCACAGACGACGGUAGAGUAAUAAAAGCUGUGAAUGUAGCAUCUAAUGAAGGUGUAAUCGAUGGAAGUGAUGAGUACAACAGAAGUCCCGUGAGAACAGCAGUGAUUUCAGAAGUGCAGGUACUGCCACAAGGCGUGCCUAUAAAACAAAUGCAUGUCGCACUAACUACAGAAAAACUGAUAGUAGCAUCUAGUGAUAUCAUCAAAUCUAUAACUUUAUCACAUUGUGGAAACGUGCAAACAUGCCGGGAUUGUGUCUUGUUGCAAGACCCCCACUGUGCAUGGGACGCCAAGCUCCAACAAUGCUCAUGGGUUGGUAAUAGACAAUUCCCGAAUCCCGAGAGAUUCCUACAGAAUGUGGAGUAUGGAAAGACUGAUAUUUGUAAUAAGUUGCCACCUCUAUUCUCCGGGGAAAGGAAUGCUAAUAGAAACCCAGGUACGAAGAAGCCUGUACUACCUGAAUCCGAUAUACGUCAGAAGAAUGACGACAUUCAAAAUGAGAUAUUGAUUGAAGUUGUUGAAACAAACGUUUUAUCGGAAGAUAAACCCACCAAUAAUAAACAUGAAACAGAUUUACUAACAGUUGAAGCUGCCGAUGGAAAUAUCUACAGCGCGCAGGCGCUGCUCACUGCAGUAGUGGCAUCGUGUUUGGUCACACUUAUGGUGGGAUUCGUCAUCGGCUACCUAUUCUCACGGCGAUUUCGUCACCCAUUUUUUACCGAUACCUCACCGUUUAAUGAACAACACAAUCAUUUAAAUAGACUAAGCCCCUUGGAAACGCCACUAAAUGCAAAUUCAGCAUACAUGCCCACCCGAUCAAAAAACGUAAACAUGGUAGCAAAUGUUUGUCCACUUGCCAAGCAAGAUAACUUGCACAUGGAUUUGGGCAAAGAGCGCACGCUCGACCUAAGAAACUCAACUGAAUCGCUGGACAAGGACCUCAAGUGCGGAACCUUACAAAAAGUGAAAAAGACUUAUAUAUGAAAUAUACCCAAACAAACUAUGUAUGGAUCAAUAAAUAAGUGAUUGAGACAGUGUUUCUGCGCGUAGCGUGUGCCAAGUCUUUGCGUGCCUCGGCCAAGACAGUGAAUGUUCAGUGUGGUGUCCCUGUUGGUGUUUAUUAUGUAAAUAUUGUUGUUAUUAAUAAUUGUACAGUGCAGUUGCAUUAAGAUACUUUAUAUAGGUACAUAUUCUUUACUCUGGUAUGAAGAUUGCAUUUAAAUUAGUAAUCAUUUUGAAUCCACUGACUUAAUAUAGAAUGAACUGGCAAAAUACUGCUUCAUAAUAGCAUGUAUUCUUUAAACAACUUAUUUUUGCCAAUUACAGAAGUAGUAGGUAUUAGUUUUUUUUACAUUCCAUGAUUGUAUAGGUAAGUAUAAAGUAUUAAGGUCUCAGCACAGCUACCUACUGUAAAUAAAUAAAUAAAUAAAUGUGUAUAUAAUGAUAAAAUUAAGCCUAUACAAUCAAGGACAUAAGUCCUAAAUAGUUAGAUUAUGAUUUUAAUUAAUUGUAGCAAAAUUGUCCGAUUAAAUAGAUCUUGUUUAAAAUUUAAUUUGACAACCAUUAAAAUGUAUUUCAAUAUUGACACAAUAAUCGCGACAUAUUAUUUUAUAACUGUGUACGUAACUAAUGGCACUUAUUUUAGCAUUUACUCCUUAAAAUGUAAACAAUUGUAUAACUUUUGUGUAAUAAAUUGUUCUGACAUUAAAGUUCAAGCUAAAUAUUAUCUAUUAUAAGAAAAAUUGUUAAACUUACGUAAUUCACUUUUCAGAAAAGUAAAUUCUUAUUAAAGACAUCAUAUUGUUAAAAAGAAUGAAGUUAAAAUUAUAUUAUAGCAUAAAUUGCUGUGCUAAAUGCAUAGUGCCUUGUAGGUUGCCAAUUUAGUGCCUAAUGUAAUUUAGAAUACAUCGGGAAAGAGAAUAUUAUAAUUAUUGUGUUUUAGGCUGUUAUCUUCAGUUUACAUCAAAUGAACUGAAUCCAGCUUGACAAGCUUUGUAAAUAUAGAUAUAAACCAGAUUGAACUU